ACAAAAACUACGUACGAUAAACAAUGCGUUGCACUUUAUGGUCAUUGCGCUGUGAGUAGGUACGCAUUGAAUACUAUAUCGAAGUCAAACUAUUAAAAAAAGAAACUAUGAAAGCAACUAAGAUUAUUGAUAAAGAAUUGUCGAUGGUCUGUUGAGUGAGAAUCACUUAGGUUAAAUGUAGCCGCGUUAAAUAGUUUGUGUUAAUUAAUGUACGGAGUAAUACAAAUUGACAACACAAACACCGUUCUGAUAUUAAAGAAUCGUUAGACGCUCGCCAUGUGGAAGACACGCAUGCCACUCCCCCAGUGUCACAGGUCAUGUGAUCUUCAUCACAGACGAGGCCGGAAACCACUUCUCAUUUCCGGUGGAGCGCAAACAGAUCACCUUGAAAAUACUAAGAUUGACGUUCCCUUCUGCAUGCGGCCUGUGCUACGUGGACUACAUCCAGGGCGAGGCCUGCCCCAGGGUGCCGAUACGUCUCAAGGAAGGGGUGUUCCAGGAACCCAGCGGCGGAUGGAUACAUGAGCUUAGGAGAUAUUACGUCAUCAAAAAGAAGAAGCCCGCCUUCAGUAUGGUGGGAGUGGAGCUACUGCAGAAAUACCAGGCACUGACAAGAGGGGUGACACUCUACUUUGAUAGACCGGAUGCGAAAAAGCGUAAUGUCGUUGCCGCUAUAGAUUUUGGUACGAGUUUCUCCGGGUAUGCUUGGGCGUUUGAGUACGAUCCGUUCACGGUGUAUACAAAGGAGUGGCUGGGGGAGAACAUGACUUCCGGUACGGAGAAGGCGCCCACUACGGUGCUUGUUAACCCUGAAGGGGAGUUCCACUCGUUCGGGUACGAGGCGGAAGACGAGUACGCGGUGCUGGUGGACGGAGAGAUGUUCCACAACUGGUACUACUUCCGGAACUUCAAAAUGAAACUGUACACCAACAAGUACCUUCGACGCGAUACGAUGCUCAAGGACAUGGACGGCAAGCAGAUGCUGGCUUUGGACGUCUUCACCAUGGCAAUCAAAUACAUAUACGGAUGCCUCGUAGAAGACCUCGCAGAGCGGGCACCGGAAGUGAAGAUCGACGACAUCAGCUGGGUGAUAACCGUGCCGGCGAUAUGGUCCGACGCCGCCAAACAGUUCAUGCGAGAAGCCUCGGUCAACGCCGGUAUCCCAGGCGACCGACUGAAGCUUGUACUCGAACCGGAAGCAGCUUCCCUCUAUUGCAAGACGCGCGACCCAUCGGAAAUCAAGACUAUCAGCGGAGAGCGGACAGAAAACCCACUAGCGCGCGGGAAACGCUACAUCCUGUUAGAUCUCGGUGGCGGCACGGCGGACAUGUCCGCACACGAGGUUCUGAAGGACGGCUGUCUGCGAGAGAUACACCGGGCCACAGGGGACGCUCUUGGCGGAAGUAGCGUCGACGAAGCCUUUAAUCGCCUCCUCAACGAUCUCUUUGGCACGGAAUUCAUGCUGGACUUCUUCGAGGACUAUAGACAGGAUUACCUGAAAUUAAUGAGGGACUUCGAGGGCAAGAAGCGUCUCCCGCUAGACCGGAAGUCGAGUCUGGUUUUCCAGAUUCCAGAGACACUGCUGCACAAGCUGAAGGAAGGAACUAGGGCGACACUCGAAGAGGCUGUGGGACGCAGCAAGCACAAGAAGCACAUCCGGGUCAAGGUCGAUAAGCUGCUCCUCGAUGGUGACCUUGUUGCGGACCUCUUCAAGGUCACAGUGAACGGCAUAGUGUCGUACAUCCGGGAGAUGAAGGUGAAUCCUCGCCUGGCGGAUGUGGAUACCAUCGUGCUCGCCGGCGGAUUCUCGGAAUCUUUCCACGUGCGCGAGGCGGUCACGGAAAACUUCCCCAAGGUGCUCAUUGUUACCGCCCCUGACCCCGGAAAUGCCAUCCUAAAGGGAGCGGUACUCAUGGGACACAGACCGGAAAUCAUCACAGAGCGUGUGGCCAGGUACACUUACGGCGUCAGCUUCGCCAGGAAACCUUUCUGUGAAGGAGACCCAGAGGAACUGUUCGCUCGUCGAAACAGAGAGACGUACUGCGACGGGGUCUUCGAGAAGCUUGUAACCAUCGGUCAGUCCAUCCAGAGGACUGACGUGUUCAUCCUCCAGCGGACCAGCUUUCUUGCCAGCAAGCACGCAAAGCAGCGCCGCCUGUACACGAAAAUGUACGCGUCUAUCGAGGAAAACCCCGAGUAUUGCACGGAGGAGAAUUUCUGUGUAAAGAUCGGCGAAAUUAUUCGACACCCUCCAAGGAGGGGAUGGCCGGAUGUGGUGAAGACCCGGAUCGAGAUCAUGUUCGGAGAGACGGAAAUGACGGCACGGAUAAUCGAAGAGCAUUCUGGGAUCGAGUAUAAAGCGCGGAUUGACUCGUUGUAGACUCGCGGGAAAAUGUCAUCAACUUCGUUUCCUUCCACACAACUCAAGAACUUUGUGUAAGCCUUACCACCUACCCAAACAAACAAUAUUAAAGUCGGGAUGGUAUAGUGUUUCCAAAUAAUUUAAAUUUAUGUCUGAUUCGAUACAUUUCCACAGCUGUCCAUUAAGAGACAAUAACUUUAGUGCUAUAUCUGACAGACAUAUUGAACGCUUGACAUUAACUUUAUAUUA